UUCGGACACCAACAAUGAUUCCACUAAACUAUUUACUCCUCAGUUUACUACUCUCCAACAGUCUCUGUGAAAAAUCUCCCUGUCCCGAAGUGUUAACCGUUGACAUAACAGAUGGUGAAAAAACCGAUCACAAUGCGAUAAUCAAAGAUAAAGUGCGGUUCGAGGAAGAUAAUUAUUAUGUCAGCAAUAACAGCAUUUUCGGUUGCAUUUGCAAUGUAAAGCAAACGUGUAUAAGAAAGUGUUGCGGACCUGAUGAAAUUAUGGUAAAUAAAACAUGCACUCUCAGCAAUAAAGCCUUGAACCUGACACUACACCAUGGAGAUCGACCCAAAGAUAGAGGAGAGCCCCAUUUUAUUCAUAAUAGCAAGCACUGUAAAUCUGAAAAAAUGCUACUUAUGCCUCACUUCGAGCCUUCGGAUCAGUUUUAUAUACAGGGAAAUGGUUCCCUGUUUUUACCCAAAUUUAAAAUCAAACAAAUGCGCGACCCUGAGGACUACUGUGUUGAAGUUUUUCAUAGCGAGAUCAAUGAAAUGGAUCAUAUGGUCUCUGUGCUUCUUUGUCUCUCUGAGGAAGAUUUCUUUGAGGAGUCUGACAUGGUAAUGUUCAAAUAUGGUAUGAUAAUAUCUAUGCCAUUCCUGCUACUAACAUUCAUCGCAUAUGCUCUUCUACCGGAUCGGAAUCUACAUAUGAAAGCUCUUAUGUUUUAUGUCAUCAACCUGAUGUUCAGUUACCUGCUUCUGGUCAUCAUCCAGCUUUCAGAAAGUCAAUUUGCUGAAGCUACUUGCAAAUCUUUAGGGUACUUCUGCCUGUUUUUCUUUUUGGUGUCGUUCUUUUGGAUGAACGUCAUUUGCAUUGAUAUAUGGUGGGGUUUCAGUGGAUUAAGAGGUUUCACUGGUAGCAAGAAAACAGCGGAAAGAAAACGAUUUCUUUUUUAUUGUGCCUAUGCCUGGGGAAUGCCAGUACUUCAUGUUUUAGUUGUUUUCAUUAUCGACAUUUUGGCAAACCAGAAUUCAGUUCUUAAACCAGACAUCGGUAAUGGACAAUGCUUUUUGAGACGUGGUUUUCCCGAACUGUUGUAUUUCUAUGGACCAAUGGCUAUAUUAAUAACGAUAAAUAUAGUGCUGUUUGCCAUUACUGCCAUUAAAAUACGGAGAAUAAAGAGCGAAACUGCAAUGCUGAAGAAAGAAGACAGUAAACGUCACUCUUAUGAAAAUGAUAGACAAAUUUUCAAUCUCUACGUCAAACUGCUUUUUGCAAUGGGUGUGAACUGGUCAAUGGAAAUAAUAUCAUGGGCUGUGAUUUGGGCAGAAGAGGCUCCUGAAGCGAUCUGGUAUCUGACUGAUUUCUGCAAUGCCAUUUACGGAGUGUUCAUUUUCUUCAUUUUCGUAUUCAAGCGGAGCAUUUGGAAGUUGUUGAAGAAACGUUAUUAUACAUUUAUUGGUAAACAUCACUUGGCCCACUCCAUGACGAUGACUAACACGACAAGAGUUACAAGUUAUUCGACCGCCACUUCAACCAUUCAGGAAACUGCCCAUGGGGGUGAUAACGACACCAGCACUUUGAAACAUGACCCAUGAGGCGUCUUAAAGGUGCUUAAUACGGUAGCAGGAGAGUCCAACAAAUGACCAAAGAUUUAUCUAUUCUUAAAUUGAAACUAAUAAAUGUAAAGUUCGUAUUACAUUGGAGAAUAAUUUUAACACACGUAUCGCGCACGAUGAUUUCCAUGACAUUAGUUUAGAGUAUUUUUAUAUUUAUAUUUUUAAUACGUCUCCAAAAAUUGUACCCAAGUAUUUUAUCAUGUAUUCGAUUUUUGUGGAAACAGCACUCCUUUUUAAAUGUUUAAAUUUUUGCAAAAUAAACUGUAUUACCUACUUUUUAUUGGUUUUGAUUUUUGGCAUUGUGCUUUAUUUCUGGUGCGAAUAGACUUAAGUUAGAUUUGCGCAUGUAACGUCAGCUGCUGAGCGGAAAAAGGAAACCUUUUUCAUUUUUUUUUAUUUAAUUUAAAAAGAUAACAAUUUUUUGUCUGUGAUUUUGUUCUGAUAAAAAAUAAACAUCACUGAACAUUGGAUUUAGAUAAAUGAGAAUAUUCCUUUUAGUUUCCCUUUUCCAUUCAGCACUAGCCUCAACUAUUCAUUGUAUUCCUUCUAGAACCAUAACCUGUUCUCGUUAUCUUAAUUAUUUAGAUAAAUCAAAAAUGUAUUUUGCUUUGUAACUAAUCGUCUUACUUUUGUUUCACAAACGUUUAUCAUUACCUAAGUAUUUAAACCCGAUAUAAUUAUGUGUAUGUAUGUGUAAUUGUGAAUGAUAAAUCAAAUACAGUACAUAAACUAGUCGAGUGUUUAGGAUUUUAUUUUUGUAAAAGAAUUAUUUUUAUUCUUUAAUUAAUGUAUACGCAUAUCACCGAAUUUAAAACCCUAGUCAGAUUUUUGAUUUCCUUUUUUAAGUUAAGAAUAUUUUUCAGUACUUAAUUUUUCAGGUUUUUUUAUAUAAUUCUUCUUUUAUUGCAAAAAAAGUAUUCCGUUUUAUGUGUUUUGUACAACUAUAUAAAUAUGUAGCUUUUGCAAUAAUAAAGUUAUUGAUUAUUGUA